AUGGAAGGGGUCCAACCCCUAGAAGAGAAUGUGGGGAACACACCAAGGCCAAGGUUUGAAAGGAGCAAGCUAUUGCUGGUGGCCUCCAUAAUUCAGGGACUGGGGCUGCUCCUGUGCCUCACCUACGUCUGCCAGCACUUCCGUGCUUCUCAGGUGUCCCUCCAGUUCGCUCCCGUUGAAAGCAUCCAAGCACAACUACAAACCUUAUCAUCGGAUGGGUGUGAAAACAACUUCAUCAUCACACUCCUAAAAACUUAUGGAAACAUGGAAGUGCAGAACAAAUCAGUCGUCAUCCGGUGUGAUGGGUUUUAUCUCAUCUCACUGAAGGGUUACUUCUCUCAGGAAGUCAACAUCAACCUUCACUAUCGGAAGGGUGCGGAACCCUUCCCAAUCCUGAAAAAGGACAGGUUUGCCAACUCCAACGUGGUGUUAAGAUUGGGUUACAAAGACAAAGUCUACUUGAAUGUGACCACUGAUAGUAACUCCUGUAAGCAGCUCAACGUGAAUGCCGGGGAACUAUUUGUCAUCCAUCAAAAUCCGGGUGGUUACUGUGCUCCGUAAGGAUCUCAUGGGCGCACCGAAAACCAGACACCAGACACACCAAGCUAGGGGUGCACAGGACAGAGCUCUCCCUGUGUUUGGAAGAACUGCUCCAGGUCAGUCACCUGUGACAU